CGCGCGGGGAUGGGGGGGCGGGAGCGCGCGCGGCCGCCGUCGGGGGCGCGCCCAGGGGCUCCCCUUGUGUGUGCGUGUGCGUGCGUGCGGAGCCGGGGCCAUGGAGGAACUGAGCAGCGUGGGAGAGCAGGUCUUCGCCGCCGAGUGCAUCCUCAGCAAGCGGCUCCGCAAGGGCAAGCUGGAGUACCUGGUCAAGUGGCGGGGCUGGUCCUCCAAGCACAACAGCUGGGAGCCCGAGGAGAACAUCCUUGAUCCAAGACUCCUCCUGGCUUUCCAAAAGAAGGAACACGAAAAAGAAGUGCAGAAUCGGAAGAGGGGCAAGAGGCCCAGGGGCAGGCCCAGGAAACAUGUGGAACCAGAGAUGCCUGCAAAAACUAAGUCAAGUAGCUCCUCUUCCUCCACAUCUUCCUCUUCCUCCUCUUCUGAUGAAGAGGAUGAAAGUGACCUGGAAGCAAAGAGAGGUCCCCGCAGCAGAGAGACUCACCCGGUACCACAGAAGAAAGCUCAGAUCCUGGUGGCAAAGCCUGAAAUGAAAGACACUUCCAGGAAGAAGCGUGGGCGGAAACCUCUUCCCCCAGAGCAGAAAGCAGCUCGAAGGACCGUGAACCUGACAAAGGUGCUGAAAACCUCCCGGAAGGAGGUGGGUGGCAGCACCAAGCUGAUGGGGAAGCUGCAGCCCCAGCACAGCACGCAGGGCUCAGGCAUGGCUGCGCUGAAGGACCCGCCAGGCACCUUGGCUGGGCUCAGCUCAGGGGGGUCGUCUGCAGAAAACCUGCCCAACAUGAUGAAGAGCGGCUCCACGAGCCCAAACCGGGCCAUCAGCUGGCAGAGCUCCAUUGUGCACUACAUGAACAGGAUGUCCCAAAGCCAGAACUUGGCAGAGACCUCUCCCCUGGGCAGGCUGGCACUGAAGUCGCAGGCAACCAGUAAGAGUGGCUUAGGGCUGGACUUAAAAAUGAGGAACCAGAAAGGAUCUGGGGAGCUUGGGCUGAGCAUGCAGGGACCCAAGACUGCUAAAGCUCCUAGCAGCGGCGCUGGAGGGGACCAGAAAUCGGGGUUUGCUGUGGGAGGCCAGAUGUUGCACAACGGCAGCAAGACACCUGCGGGCUCAUCCGGGGCCAGUAGCCAGCCGGCUUCCAGCCAGGAGCUGAACCUCCAAGCUCUAAAUCUGCAGAGUGUCAAAAAUGGGCCAAGUGUGGCCAGCGGGAGCAGCAUCCCUCGCCACCUCUGCAGCGCCCUGUCCAAAGGCUCCAGUGGUGGCACAGCAGCAAGCGUGGGUGCCAGCGGCACAAAGGGCAGUGCGGUGGGUGCUGGGUUGAAUGCUACCAGCGCCAGUGUGCUCUCAGGGGGGGACAGCAGCAAGAGUGAGAAGCAGGGACACCGGGCAGGUGACAGGGACUUGGCCAAAAGCAGCACAGCUGGCACACAGGAGGGGCACGCAGCCACAGAGAACCACAAGCCUGCUGCCCUUUCCGAAAUGAGCACCGGCGAAGAGACCAGCUCAGAUUCAGACCGGGAUUCGGCUUCCUUCCCGGGUGUGAGUCAGAACAUGUCUGUCUCCAUCCAGACCAGCCAGGACUGGAAACCCACCCGCAGCCUGAUUGAGCACGUCUUUGUCACCGACGUCACCGCUAACCUGAUCACAGUGACAGUCAAGGAGUCCCCCACCAGCGUUGGGUUUUUCAACCUGCGGCAAUACUGAGCCCAGGUGCAUGAGAGGAGGGAGAGGGUCCUUCACCCUCUCCCUCAGCUUUGCCCAGCUCUUCAUCAGGUUUUUCUUCCUUCAAGUGAACAUGGAGACCUUGUGAGACCUACCAGGACUCAUGUCUAGAGAGGCUUGAGAAAGACACAGUGAAACCUGCUCAGAACUGCCAGAUGGAUCCCUCCCAGCUUCUCUCCAUCCUCUUCCGGAGCAGUGCCCCGAGCAGAGGUUGCUGGUGCCAUUCUCCGGGAGCAGGGGCACUGGUGCUGCUGGGGGUGACAGGCUGGCAAGUUUUGAGCCAGGCUUCACUGUACACGGGUUUCUUUGCUUUACAGCUUGAAACAGCAGAUGACAAGGUCUGCAGCUCUCUGGCAGCAGGGAGAGGACAUGGAGCUGCGAUGGGCCAGGCUUAUACUUGGGAGAGGAAAAGGAGAUCCUUUCCUUUCCUCUAGGCUCACCACGAAUCUGUCUGUGAGCCGUGGGGAGUCACAAGUCAAUCCAAAUGAGACAGCCACUGCUCCCAGCCCUUGAGGGCUGCUGGGGGGUGGCUGUAUAUGGGGUUUUUUCAGGGUACGCUCAGCCCAGCCACCCCUCUGGGCAAGGCCACUUCCAAUGAUGAAGUCCACGACAUUCCUGUUGUGGUUUCCAGCUGAUAGGGAAAUAUUGUUUACAUUUUUUUAUUAGGGAAAAAUCUUUUUCUUUUUUUCUUUUUUUUUUUUUUUUGAGGGAGGGGAAUAAACCCCGUCUAAGGAAGACUGAAUCCACUGAUGAGGUGGGUGUCCAGGGUGCCUCUUUCAGAGCAAGGGACAGCUGGUAGUGGGUACCUCCUUGCUGCCCAGGGAGGGUCCCGCCUUGGGAGCCAGCAGGAGCUGCUGGCUUCUUUGCAGUGACUUGACUUUCAGAGGAAAGCAAAGCCCAAAGUGCUGUGCAGCCCAGGGAGCCCCAGCACUGCUCCUCUGCCUCAUCCCAGCAUCUUCCCCUCCCAUUCACCAGUUGCCAGGCACUUGCAGGGACUGAGCUGGGGAAUAUUUUUUAAGUCUUGCAGAACAUGAGAACCCUUCCAGCAGCAGCUAGGUUGGUAGCUAGCGUCUGUGAGGUCGGUGCUGCUGUUCAGCCAAAAAGCAGUGCCAGGGGUGGGUGAGCCCUCCCUGCUGGGAGCCAGGCCAGACCCAACUUUGGAUGCUCACUGGGUUUGACUCACUCUGAUCAUCCACGUUUUUCUGCAGCUGGAGGGCUCAGCAGCUGGUCAAGAACACCUGCACGUGUGGUCUGGAGCAGUGGGAAAGAGGAGAGGAGAGAGAGGAUGGUCAGGGCCACACAGGGGCAGUGGGUACCUCAGGCUGCUGUUCCCCGAGAAGCCAGAGGGCCUGCAGCAGCCGUUCCCCUUCAUCUUGCCAUCCUGUGCCAGCAGCCAGGGUGUUCUUUUUGGCUUGUAAUUGCAACCAGUAGUGGCUUUUUUACAGAGGUCUUUUUCCCUGCUGUAGAGUACUCUUACAAACCAAAAUUAGCAGCAGUAGUUCAGGCAGAGUUUAGUAGCAUUCAAGGUCAUUUUCAUUCCGUUAGUGCUGAACUCCUUUCUCAGAGGAGAUGAUAAGCCUGCAGCCUGCCAGUGCCUCCAAAGGGCUGUCCUUCGGGUGACUGCUCGGGUCUAGGGUGACUGCUUGGUGUAUGCGUGAACAGGCACCACUUCAGGGGUCACUGCUUGCCAGGCGACUGACUUGGCACCAGGACUGGCAUCUUACUUUGCUACAGGCAGGGGCACUUGCAAGUGUCAUCACACACAUGAGUGUGGAGAUAAAUGGACCAAACGGGGGGUACAGGUACUUCUGACCCCCCCCACCGCGACGCAUCAGCCCACUGCAGUCGCAUUUGCUGCUGCUGGCUGGCGGCAGUGCAAUUCUCAGGUGAAAUGAAACGCUGGCGCUGGCUGCACGUGCUGCCCAGUUCAAGGGAUGGAUGGUUGUUCUGUGCACUCAGCUGCAGCCUCCACCGGGGCAGGCUCCUCUGCUCCAGAGGUGCUCCCCCUUCACUUUUGUGUUUAAUCCCCAGCUGUCCUCUUGGUCAUGGCCUUGAGUUUGUUGUGUUACAGAGCUGAGCACAGCAUCCUGUGUGAGCCAGCAACGUGCCAGCAAGCUGGAGCGGGUGGAGGCAUACCAAUGCCUUGCUGCCGGAGCGAUGCAGCAGGCGCCUCGGCGCCAGUGCUGCCCCAGUGCAGCCAGGCAGCCUUGAAUGCCAGGUGUCGGGCAGCCUGGGGCAGGGGGUUUGCUGGGGACUGGCGCAGCCUUGCUCUGCUGCUGCCCGCCCAGCCCUGCAAUGUGCUGCACGUCAUUCUGCAAGGCAAAGGGCCAAGGGGAGAGGAGGGAGUGUUGUCCGCGCAGAAGGUUCCCAAGGACAGAGUUUCUGUUGAGCUCCACGAUGCCAAAACGUCAGUCUGCGCUGUUUACCUUCUAGUCUUUAACUUUGCCAAACGAGCUACCGUUGCUUUGAACAGUCCAAGGAAACGUUGGCCUGUGUCAGCAGAAACGAAUGCUCCGGACAUGGUCUCUCUGCUGGGUGUGCUUUUGUGCUGGGGAAAUCAGUGUUUUGGGAGAAGAGUCAAGGAAUCUGAGCAUGGAGGUAAUGCUCUUCCCCACACACUGAAUGUUUGCUACUUGGCCUUUGCAAAUCCAAACCGAAUGACAAUGUGCCUUUUGGACCGUCCUUAUCUCAGCCUUGUCUGUGACACUGGUCCCACAACAGGUUUGUGCCUAUGCAAAGCAAGGUGGUCACAGGGUCUUGGAGACAGCCAUGAUACUGAUGGGGAGAGGUGCCCUGGUCCCCAGCAGGACACCCAGCCGUCGUUCAGAGCCCUGCUGCAGCACUGAAGGCAGCUGAGGGAUGCCCACUGAGGGGGAGCCAGCCUAACAGGGAUGCUCUUGCCUAGAGCAAUAGGAUGUGGGGGACUGGUGUCCCUGAGGGGGAAAAAAGCAUCUGAGGAUGCUCCAAGAAGCAGUCAGGCACCAAGCAUCCAUGGGGUGCAGGAGACGAGCUGUGACGGCAGGUGCUGUGUUUGCUGCACGCCAGCCCCAAGACGGCUGCUCCCUCCAGAGCCCCCAUCAAAGCUCACAUGCAUUUCUCCAUGCAGGGGCUUGCUCCUGCCUCCUGGCCAGGUGAAGGGCUGCUGGGCCCGGGCUUGUACCCAGGGGAACACAUAUCCCAAUGGUGACUGGCUUUCCUCCGUCAUUCAUUCUUCCCAGGCAUGUCUCCUCCCAGUAGCGGCAGGACUCUACUGUCACCACUUGCUAUUGUGCCUUUUGCUCACCAGUUGGUUCGAUUCCAAAGGUCUAAGGAUGGUGAAAAUGAUAAUUGAGAAUUUUUUCUGACCUUCAUCUCCUCCAGUGUUCCUUCCCCAGCCCCUUCCUGACCUCAUGUUUUGGGAUCUCGGCUCUCCCAGCAGUGCUGGGGUGUCUGAGCGAACGGUUCCUGUUGGAGUUUGCCUCUCAAAGGCACAUUAUGUGAGUGAUUUACUGUAAUCUUUUGUGGACAGGGGUUGAAAGCCGGUGCAGAUCCUGUUUACCAGUCAGUACCAUUAGUAUUCAAAGUCCACUUUUUUUUUUCUUUUUUUUUUUUUUUUUAGUUUGCUGCUAUGGGUUGGAGUGUUCAGCCGUGUGUCAAACAGCCAAUUAGUUUGUCACUUGUCAUUUUCUAAGGGGUUUCCGAUGUGGAAAGUCCUGCAGUAUUUGUAUAUUGAAUGGAUAUUUUCUCCAGGCAUAAUCUGGUUAAGCAUACUUGUUGUUUUCCAUUGGACUGGAAGAGGUGGCCAAUUCAGCCAUCUUCCCUAGAAACUUAGUCUAUUUUUAUAUAUAUAUAUUUUGUACCAAAAAAACCUGGAGUUCGUGGAGGGACGGGGAUAGUUUAGGGGGUUUGGUUUGCAUUGAGUUUCUGAGCUGGGUGUGAAGGGCUCCAGAGCCGGAGAGGUUUUUACUGAAAGAAACUGAGGGAUGGGUGAAAAUAAACAAUUGUUCUUGUAACUUGUGCCAGUCACUGGUCCGAUUUGUAAUUUGUAUGCUUCAAUUAAAGAGAGAGCCAAAUCGU